GGCCCGACUUGCUCUUAACAUUAUCGGACGGUGAGUGCCAGUCUCAAAAUGGGAUGACGUCCCUACAGGUGCGAAUGAGCGGCAAGAACUAGAUCCGAGAGGUGAUAUAAUUAACAAGCUGGACGUAGGACAAAUUGCUAAUCUUGUUGGACGGCCAAGAAAGUUGGGUGACUCUUGCCAAAUCUCCUGCUGAUAAAUGCGCCCGUGAACACCUAGAGUGAUAGUACGAUGUUGCACGGCAAUUUGCCGACUUGCAGGGCAAUCUCGAUUCUCAAAUACUAAGUAUGUCGGGAACCAGCCCGACAUCAGGUGAUACAAUGUCGCACAGCAUCCCUAUCAAGCUACACAAUCAAUUCGUCACCAUAUAUGAUGUCGUUAUCUAACUUUCUCAUCCUACCCCCAAUGUCUCGUCCUGAAACAGGUUGCCUGGACUCAUUGUCCACCGAACUCUCUCAACAGCUCAAGGAUCACGUAGAUCAGACCCUGCUCGAAUUUAUACGGCCAAAUUCUGCAUCUCAGUUCGCUCGGCAUGCUCCCGAGUUGGCAAAUUUUCGCGAGGCCGUCGCGCAGAGCGACUCGAAGGAUGAUAUCGACUUCCUGCGUAGCUUCCGAGAAUUCAUCCCCACCACAAACUACGAACCGUACAGGCCAUUCAUAGCAAAGUUUUUUGCUACCCCUUGCAGGGAGGCUGACGUCAAGGACAUGUUCGCCCCUGGACUGCCAUACUUCUUUGCCAUGUCCAGCAUGACAUCUGGGGGAGAAGCAAAGACGUUCCCGAGAUACCGACCUCCACCGUACCUUUUGGAACACCGUCUAUAUCUGCAAAUCCUGAAAAUAGAGUGCGAGGAUGGUCAAAGCUCCAAGAAGGUGACGGUCUGCUCGUUAAGCAUCGGUUUUCUGCGAAUGGAAAUGAACUGGGACGUCGAGGACGAUAUGGAUAGACUCGAUUUAUGGGUUCCAGGGCAAACGGAUCCAUAUGCGAUCUCAUUGGUUAAAAGUUAUCGCGCUUACUUUGUUCUGAAUGCACUAUUUGCGCUCGCAGACCGUCGGGUGACAAUCGUCCGCUUCUUCUUCGCCAAUGUAUUCGUCAAUUUUUUGCAGUAUGUAGAGGAUGAAUGGCCUCUACUUAUCGACUGUAUCGAGAAGGGUAUCAUCCCGGAUGUCGAAGACCUAGGCUAUUUGCGCGCACCGCUAGAGAAACAUCUUCCUCCAAAUCCUCUUCGUGCUGCUAAACUUCGCGAAAUUGGGCCUCCUGGCCCUCAGGGCUGGGCGGUUCGUGUGUGGCCUGACUUGAGAGAGUUCAUUGGGAUCACUGGAGGUCCUGCUGCUGCUUCUGUUCCAAAGGUUACUCACGUCCUCGGACCUUCUGUCCACAUGCAGUCUUCUGGAUAUGGCGGUUCAGAAUGCAGCGUCGCCGUACCAUACCACAAAGGCAACCCUAACACUGACUUCAAGAUAUUCUUUGGAGAUGGGGUCACCGAGUUUCUGAACGUACGUGAGCCUUCGGAGCGUAUAUUGUCCGCAUGGGAGCUUGUAACUGGAGGGCAUUACGAGCCCGUCUUGACGACCCGCAAUGGCUUGUGGAGGUACCGCCUUGGUGAUGUCGUCGCCAUUAAAGGCUUCGAUCCAGAUGACGGAUUGCCUAUCAUCAAUUACCUUGGCAGGCGAGAUGGCUCACUUGGGCUGGCAUUUGGAACAACAUGUACAGAGUCGCAAUUGACGAACGCGAUCGUUUCUGCUGCUGAACGAUGUAUCGGCCCAAUCGCAGACUUCACUAUUGUGGGUGACGAGCGAGAAAUGCCCAUUACUUAUGGGUAUUUGGUAGAAAUCGUAGGGCAAAUAGGAAAGGACGUGAGAAUGGUAACACAGCAGACUUUUGAAGACCUCAUGGCGGCAAACCAUGAGUAUCGCACUGCUUUUUGGCAAGGCAGAUCAAGGAAGCCUACCAUUCGUCUUGUGGAGAAAGGCACCUUCUCGGAAUAUCGCAGGCAGAGAAGCGACAAGACGAACGUCUCCAUUGGUCAGGUGAAGGUUCCCGUCGUCCUAUCCGACCCAACGUUUAAGGAGUGGUUCCUCAAGAGAGUUGUAAUGGAGCUGUAAGAGAGUCUGUGAUAAUCAGACCCUAGUGAUCUAGCAGAGGGAGGAAAUGAACAUGUGUGUUGAUACUUGAGGCUGAAUGGAUCAUACCGCUCGCCGCUGACAGGCCUCGAGAUUGUAGUCUUGGGAAUUUUCGUCAGAUCAUGCCCUUUGACAUUCACUGCGGAAACGAGAAUUUG